AUGUCCGCCAAUCUCGGACGUCGGCUUUUUACCCAAUUUUGGGAAUCGGCCCACCCUUUUUUCGGCCGCAUACGACCAGAUCGCAUAUCCGCCGCCGACGCCUCCUCAGGCAAGCUUCUCGACUCAUUUGUGGCUGGUCCGCGGCGUUUGUCUACAGCUCCUAAAUCUACUCAACUGACUAGACGAUUCGCUUCGGGUGGCUUUCUUGCCCUUUUCUCUCCCAGCUACACUGCUGCAGAAACCAGUGCGGCAUGCUUCAUAACCUCCAAAACGAUAUCAACCCACUAUCUCUGGAAGCGAGCUCUCCACACAUCACGAAAUGGGCAACACAACGGAGUACCUUCCGAUGGUCAUCAGGCCUCGAAGGGCGAUGAUUCCUCUCAAGCUGUCCAAGACACCGACACCACUACUCAAAUUUCUCCUCCGAAGCUGCAAGCGCAUGAUCCGCAUCCCGCACGGCCCUCGAAUCGCCAUUUAAUGGAUCGCCUACCGCAUAUACCACAUUUACACCGACCAACAAAGGAGGAACUUUUGGAGGCGGCAACUGGUUUCUGGUCACGCCUUAAGGUGCGAUUUAAGUGGUUCUCGAUACGAAGUGUACGGCCCUUCAACCUUGACGAGAUUACGGCACUAUUUUCCUGGGUCCUUCUAGGUCAUGUCGUAUGGGUCGUAGUGGGAACAACCACAUUUUUUUCCCUUUUGAUCUUGGCCAUCAACACCGUCUUCGCACAGGAAACGCUGGCCGGAUGGGUGGGCAAUUACCUGACCAAGUCCUCUGGCGUUCAGGUUGUUUUCGAGUCUGCCAUUGUGCCCAAGUGGAAAAACGGUGUGAUCACUUUCAAAAAUGUAUUUGUUUCGAGGCGGCCGGGUCAAGGCACGGGCCAUGUCAGUAAAGGUUCUUCAAAGACCGCUGCCGCUGCCGCCGCCGCCGCAGCCCGAGGUGAAUCCGGGCUGGACGAUCAACUCGUCCCCGAAGAAGAGGAUACUAAUUACACACAGUUUGACGUGUCACUUGAAACCGUCAACGUGACGCUGUCAUUUACCAAGUGGCUGAAUGGAAAGGGUCCGUUGCGGGAUGUGGAAGUCAAGGGAAUCCGAGGUAUUAUUGAUCGCCGGCAUGUUUUCUGGCCGGAAGAUGAUCUUGAUCCCAAGUCCUACCGGCACGAGCAUCACCCCGGGGAUUUCGAAAUUGACUCGUUCAAAAUGCACGACGUAUUGGUGACCGUCUAUCAGCCCGAUAACUUCCGUCCAUUUUCAGUCAGCAUAUUCUCAUGCGAUCUCCCUCAGCUGCGGAAGCAAUGGUUGUUCUAUGACUUCAUGUCAGCUAAUAUGAUGUCGGGCUCCUUCGAUAAUUCUCUGUUCACUAUCCAUCCGCGCCAAACCAAUGGCUUUACAGGCGGCCGAUGGGAUCAAGGCACAGAGGAAGAUGGCAACACCAGUCCGUGGAAAAAACACAGCAGAAUUCGUGUCGACGGGCUCAAUGUCGACCAUUUGAAUCGCGGUGUCCAGGGCCCAUUUUCAUGGAUCCAUGAAGGCACUGUGGACAUUGUAGCCGACAUUAUGUUCCCUACUGAGAACGAUGAGAGCUUGGCGAAAGUGAUGGCUGAUUUCUAUGAUCGACUUGAAGCCACUGUCACCUCCAACCAGGAUUCAGACUCUCUUAGCCAGCGAGCCGAUGUCGAUCUCGAAAAUGUUUCCGAUGUUGAUAAGCGAUUUCUAAUGAUGGACCUACGAGUUCAGAUGAACAAUGUUCGGGCCGCGGUCCCCAUCUUCACUAGAGAUCUCUCUUACAUCAACAACGCUCUUAUUCGCCCAAUUGUUGCGUACAUCAACUCCAAACGCACCUUCAUUCCCAUCAACUGCCGACUUGUCAAGCGCGCCGGUGAUUUUGAUGGUAGUUGGACCAUUUUCGACAGCGGAUUGAUGGACGACCUGUCAGCUGCCACCUAUGAUGCCUUCGCUCGGGACGUUAUGGACGAUCAAGCCCGCAAACGGCGAUUCAAAAAAGUUGGAUUUUGGUCUCUGCAGCUAGCAGCACAGGCUAUCUUCAUGGGCAUGGCGGGCAACAUCGCAUGA